GACAACAACAACGUCCACCUAUUUACUUAUAUCAUUUUAUCAUAUAAUCACGAUUGCAUUACGGAGCAGACAGGAAAUAACCGCUUCAGAGGACAAACUAUCGUUGAGAUCUCAGACUCGAAUUCUUCUCCAUCUCCGGACUAUAAACCACCUCGCGUUGGAACGAAAUCGGCUCUAUUACACUCUAUCACCUUCUCACCAUUAGCUUAAAAUCAAAACAAGUAUGAGCUCCCAAAUUUCACAAUCUCCUGAUCCCGCGUCUCCCGUCGCUAUUUCAUCACAGCCUCGGAUACAGCCCGCACAAAAAAUCAAGGGUCGGAAAGGUAAAGCCGGAGGAACGGGAAAGAAAGGCAAGGUGUUUGUCGAGGACAAGAAGGACCUGCUUUCGUUAAUGUCCUCCAUAACAUCGGAUAAGGACUCUUUACGGGCGGAAAAAGUUGCCAAAGCCAAGGCGCACAUCGAAAAAGGAGAUGGGAAAACGGAGAAGAAGAAUGACGGAAGUUUGAGGAAACGACAAGAGAAGCAAAAGGCUUUGGAAGCCGCAAAAGCAAAAUUGGUAGAAAAGCAACGAGAGAAGAGGAGGAGGAAACAGGGCAAGGAAGUUGUCGAUGAAAAGCCUACGAAGAAGAGGGUAGGAUUCGCGUAGUAGUUCUGUAUCAAUGGGCAGUUUCAACGAGCAGCGAGUUUCGAAGACGAUUGCGGUGCAAUGGGGUGAGAAGAGCGCAAGAUGCAGUAGACAUGAGGAUGGAAAUGAGGGUGGUUUGGGUGUAAGAUCAAAGACCUGUAACUAGACAAAUAUGUAUCUCACUCAUUUGCUGUCAAUGCACAAUGGGAAUUCAAUAGCUCUCGAUAAUUUCUGGAGUCCCGAGGCAUUGCCAUAAUUAUGAAACGGAAGCCGGGGCUGC